AUGGCUUUUGCACCCAUGGGGCCUGAGGCCUCGUUCUUUGAGGUGCUCGACCGCCAUAGAGCGUCCCUGUUGGCUGCCCUGAGUAGAGGCGGCCAGGAGCCCCCGGGACAGGGAACUCCCGUGGCCUCUAGUUCUGAGGUUCUUGCAUCUAUAGAAAAUAUCAUUCAAGACAUUGUCACAAGCUUGGCAAGGAGAGAGGCACCUGCCUUCAUCAUAGACAACAGAUCAAGCUGGGAAAACAUCAAGUUCGAGGAUACGGUGGGUCUUCAGAUGGUACCCCACUGUAGCACAAGAAAAAUCAGAAGUGACUCUCCAAAAUCAGUGCAAAAAUUCGCUCUAAUUCUUAAAAUAUUAUCCAUGAUUUAUAAAUUAGUACAGAGCAAUACUUACGCGACCAAAAGGGACAUAUAUUACACAGAUAGCCAACUCUUUGGUAAUCAGACUGUGGUGGACAAUAUUAUUGACGACAUUUCGUGCAUGCUGAAACUACCAAGGAGGAGUCUACACAUUUUGUCAACAUCCAAAGGGUUAAUUGCUGGCAACCUGAGAUACGUGGAGGAGGACGGCACCCGGGUGACCUGCGCCUGUGGAGCCUCCGCUAUUGCUGUGCCAUCUAAUAUUCAAGGAAUUCGGAACCUAAUCACAGAUGCGAAAUUUCUGUUAAUUGUAGAAAAAGAUGCAACCUUUCAGCGGCUCCUAGAUGACAACUUCUGCUACAAAAUGUCGCCGUGCAUCAUGGUGACGGGGAAAGGCACACCCGACCUGAACACGAGACUGCUGGUCAGGAGGCUGUGGGAGCUGUUUCAUGUUCCUGUUCUCACCCUGGUAGACGCUGACCCACACGGCAUAGAGAUAAUGUGCAUCUAUAAGUAUGGAUCCAUGUCUAUGUCAUUUGAAGCCCACAACCUGACGGUCCCAGCUAUUAGGUGGCUUGGUCUCCUCCCUUCUGAUAUUAAAAGGUUAAAUAUACCUAAGGACAGUUUGAUUCCACUUACGAAAUGGGACCAGAUGAAACUUGACAGCAUCUUGAAGAGACCUUAUGUUACUGGCCAGCCGUUUUGGAGAAAAGAAAUGGAGCUGAUGGCAGACUCCAAAAUGAAGGCGGAAAUCCAAGCUCUGAACUCCCUGUCCUCAGAUUACCUUUCUAGAGUGUACUUACCCAACAAAUUAAAAUUUGGAGGGUGGAUAUGAAAGCACAAGACUUACUAUGACUCUUCGUUGGCAAAUCCUGUUACGGAAAGACUGUAAAGGUCGAACAAAAUGAUCUUUCACUGCAUGUUUUAUCAGGACCAAUGCUAUACCUAAUUCUCUAAAAGACUUUAUUUCAUCCUCCACAGAGAUCAGUUGCUACCCCAUAUUCUAAAAUAAAUUGUAAAAGAAGAUACAUUAUUUUGACUUUCAAAUUGUAUUUGAAGACUGCUUUGCAUGUCAUAAAAGUCUAUAAAAUA